AGUACGUGUAUAGCUGCACAGUUAUUACAAUCUCUUUAUAAGCCUUUGACAUUGUCUAGUGAAGUCACAUGUAAGUAGCUAGCUGCACAGUUAGUUUGGACUAAACAUGUUUGGCCAAUUUUCUAGCCCAUCACUGAAUGAGGGAGGUUAUGACUACAAGUUCAUAGAAGAACCUGCAGACUCUCUCAAGUGUCUCAUCUGUCUGCUAGUAGUUAGGGAGCCACAACAACAUGGCGGCUGUGGGAAGCUAUUCUGUAAAGUGUGUAUUGACAAGCACACGGUCUUUAAUAGCACUGACUGUCCACACUGUAGAAGAUCACUCUUGCAAAUGGGGCUUUUUACUGACCUUAGAAGUGAGCAGGAAGUGAAGUCUCUGCUGGUUCAUUGUCCAACAGCCUGUGAAUGGAACGGAGAGCUUCGAUCACUAGAAGACCACAUGCAGAAAGUUUGUGAGAAUGCUAUAGUUCCCUGCCCAAAUGGUUGUAGCAAUGGCAAAACAACGAUGCUGCGAAAAAACGUUGAUUUUCAUAUCCUUACUAAGUGCCCGAAUCGACCACACUCCUGUACAAAAUGUCAGAAUGUAAUGGAGUUUAGGAAUGUCAAAAGCCAUGAACUAAACGAGUGCCCCAAGAGACAGUACACAUGCCCACACUGCAAUGAAGCUGGUGUGUAUGAUGAGAGAACUACUACACAUCUAGAAGUCUGCCCUACAGUAGAGAUCAAAUGCAAAAAAUGCUCACUACAGAUCAUUCGCUGUGAUGAAUCUAAUCAUUCUUUGGAUUGCCCAAAUGAACCAGUUUGCUGCACAUACUACAACAUUGGCUGUGCAGAGAAGCCUCUAAGAAAGGAUCAAAGUGCACACGAAGAAAACGCUCAGCUUCACCUGUCACUAGCAACUAAAGAAGUCUUGAGAUUAAAGAACAAAAUACUCGUGAAGAAUACACUAACAUUUAAAAUGAAAAAGUUUCAAGCACAUCAAUUGGAUAACAAAUACUUUUAUUAUAGCCCUCCUUUCUACACCUCAGGAGCAGGUUACAAGAUGUGUAUCCGUGUAUAUGCCAAUGGCUUUGGUGAUGCUAAGGGCACUCAUGUUACAGUGGGUCCCUUUCUCAUGAAGGGGGACAAUGAUGACUCCUUGUCCUGGCCGUUCACUGGGAUAGUCACAAUCGAGCUACUCAACCAACUGGAGGAUAAGAACCAUCUCAAGAUAAAAAUCAAAUUUCUACCAGAUAAUGUAGCCAGUCAGAGAGUGGUGGAUGGUGAGAGAGCAGCAAAUGGAAGGGGCUGGGGUAAGUUCAUCUCCCACGGUGACCUUGCUCACAAGCCUCUUACAAACACUCAGUACCUCAAAGACGAUACUCUAAUAUUUCAAGUAUCUGCAGAAGCUCCUGACUACAAGCCAUGGCUGGAGUGUAACUAAUUGACUGUAGUUACAUUAUCAUAAUUAUACGUGUAGGAAAGUUGAACUAAUUAGUGGACCUGACUGACUGUACAUGUACUUUCUUUCUAUAAUUAUAUAGAAUUAUG